AUGUCAUGUACUGAUUUGGGGGUCCUAGGAGAUGGCGUCCUUAUGCGGACUAAAAAUGAAAUUUCUAGAAUCGCUAGAUCUCCCAAGUUUGAAGUGGAGGUGAAAGAAAUCGUUUGCGGAAGUGAAGAAGCAUCGGAUAUGGCUCGCAAAAUAUCAUGUGAAAUACCAGGAAAAAGUGAAAGAGUUAUAUACUUUAAACCUAUCCUUGUUGAUAUGCUGGAAGUCGUUUCUUUGCCUAUGAACAAAGGUACGCUAGAGUGUUGGAUGGAUAUUCAAAGAGGAGAAUACCCAAACAAUUCACCUGCUGAUGGGAUAAUAAAAGUUGGCGAGAAGUUAACAGUUUUCGUUUACUUAAAAAGUGAUGAACAAAAAUUCGACAUCCAGGUUAGGGAUUGUUAUGCAUAUGACAACGAAGAUUACGAUUCGCCAUCUACCACUAGACUUCAAUUAACCGAUAAUAAUGGUUGUCCAAAAAAAUCUAAAUUGAUAGGUUAUUGGAAAACAACAUCUGGUUCAAGGAGUAUUGGGGCAACGACAUUGGCUUACAACAAUUUGACGGCUUUUAAAUUCCCUGACAAACAACAAGUUCUUCUUAGAUGCAACAUUGAGAUCUGCGAGGGAAAAUGCAACAUAGGGUGUAGAGAAUCACUACAAAAACCAAAAAUAGAAAUCAUGCAAUGCACAGAUCCAGAGAACGAAAGGUGCAAAAACAAGAGCACUCACCAAAGUAAGAAGCCGAUUCUAACCUGUGACAAUACCUCAAAAGACCCGAGAUGUUCAUUUUCAACAAUUCCCUCGCCACCUAGCUGCUUUCCUGGUUCUCUUGAUCCAAGAUGUCCAAAACCUAUAACACCUUCACCACAGCCUACCUGUUAUCCAGGUUCGUCAGAUCCACGAUGUCCACAAGUUUCAAAAACUACUGAGAAGCCCAUCAUUUGUUAUCCGGGUUCGUCAGAUCGAAGAUGUCCUCAACCGCCGAAUACGACUGUGAAGCCGCCUAGCUGUUACCCUGGUUCUCAUGAUCCAAGAUGUCCAAAAACUAUAACUUCUUCAACAACGCCUGCCUGUUAUCCUGGUUCUCUUGAUCCAAGAUGUCCACAAGUUUCGAAAACUACUGAGAAGCCCGUCAUAUGUUAUCCGGGUUUGUCAGAUCGAAGAUGUCCUCAACCGCCGAAAACGACUGUGAACCCGCCUAGCUGUUACGCUGGUUCACAUGAUCCAAGAUGUCUAAAAACUACAACUCCUUCACCACCGCCUGCCUGUUAUGCCGGUUCGUCGGAUCCGCGAUGUUCACAAAUUCCGAAAACGACUGAGAAGCCUGCUAUAUGUUAUCCUGGUUCUUCAGAUGCUCGAUGUCCUCAACCAUCGAAAAUAACAGAUAAGCCGCCUGCUUGCUAUCCUGGUACUCUUGAUCCAAGAUGUUUUCAACCACAUAGAACUACAGAAAAACCGCCUAGCUGCAUUCCUGGUUCUCUUGAUUUGAGAUGUCCAAAAACUAUAACUCCUUCAACAACACCUGCCUGUUACCCUGGUUCUCUUGAUUUGAGAUGUCCAAAAACUAUAACUCCUUCAACAACGCCUGCCUGUUAUCCCAGUUCGUCAGAUCCACAAUGUUCCCAACCACCGAAAACAACAGAGAAGCCGCCAACCUGUUAUCCUGGGUCUCUUGAACCGAGAUGUCCACAACCACGUAGAACUACAGAAAAACCGGCCAGAUGCUUUCCUGGUUCUGUUGAUCCAAGAUGUCCAAAAACUAUAACUUCUUCAACAACGCCUGCCUGUUAUCCUGGUUCUCUUGAUCCAAGAUGUCCACAAGUUUCGAAAACUACUGAGAAGCCCGUCAUUUGUUAUCCGGGUUUGUCAGAUCGAAGAUGUCCUCAACCGCCGAAAACGACUGUGAACCCGCCUGGUUGUUACCCUGGUUCACUUGAUCCAAGAUGUCUAAAAACUACAACUCCUUCACCAACGCCUGCCUGUUAUCCCGGUUCGCCAGAUCCACGAUGUUCACAAAUUCCGAAAACGACUGAGAAGCCUGCUAUAUGUUAUCCUGGUUCGUCAGAUGCACGAUGUCCUCAACCACCGAAAACAACAGAUAAGCUGCCUGCUUGCUAUACUGGUUCUCUUGAUCCAAGGUGUCCAAAACCACCUAGAACUACUGAAAAGAAGCCUAGCUGCUUUCCUGGUUCUCUUGACCCAAGAUGUCCAAAAACAAUAACUUCUUCAACAACGCCUGCCUGUUAUCCUGGUUCUCUUGAUCCAAGAUGUCCAAAACCUAUAAUACCUUCACCACCGCCUACCUGUUAUCCAGGUUCGUCAGAUCCACGAUGUCCACAAGUUUCAAAAACUACUGAGAAGCCCGUCAUUUGUUAUCCGGGUUCGUCAGAUCGAAGAUGUCCUCAACCGCCGAAUACGACUGUGAAGCCGCCUAGCUGUUACCCUGGUUCUCUUGAUCCAAGAUGUCCAAAAACUAUAACUUCUUCAACAACGCCUAGCUGUUACCCUGGUUCACUUGAUCCAAGAUGUCUAAAAACUACAACUCCUUCACCACCGCCUGCCUGUUAUCAAGGUUCGUCAGAUCCACGAUGUUCACAAAUUCCGAAAACGACUGAGAAGCCUGCUAUAUGUUAUCCUGCUUCGUCAGAUGCACGAUGUCCUCAACCACCGAAAAUAACAGAUAAGCCGCCUGCUUGCUAUCCUGGUACUCUGGAUCCAAGAUGUUUUCAACCAUCUAGAACUACUGAAAAGCCGCCUAGCUGCUUUCCUGGUUCUCUUGAUCUGAGAUGUCCAAAAACUAUAAUUCCUCCAACAACGCCUGCCUGUUACCCCGGUUCUCUUGAUCCAAGAUGUCCAAAAACUAUAACUCCUUCAACAACGCCUGACUGUUAUCCCGGUUCGUCAGAUCCACGAUGUUCACAACCACCGAAAACAACAGAGAAGCCACCAGCCUGUUAUCCUGGGUCUCUUGAACCGAGAUGUCCACAACCACCAAGAACUACAGAAAAACUGGCCAGAUGCUUUCCUGGUUCUGUUGAUCCAAGAUGUCCAAAAACUAUAACUCCUUCACCGCCGCUUGCCUGUUAUCCCGGUUCCUCAGAUCCACGAUGUCCACAAGUUCUAAACACAGCUGAGAAGCACGUCAUUUGUUAUCCGGGUUCGUCAGAUCGAAGAUGUUCUCAACCACCUAGAACUACUGAAAAGCCGCUUAGCUGCUUUCCUGAUUCUCUUGAUCCAAGAUGUCCAAAAACUAUAACAACUACACCACAGCCUGCCUGUUAUCUAGGUUCGUCAGAUCCACGAUGUCCACAAAUUUCAAAAACUACUGAGAAACCCGCCAUUUGUUAUCCCGGUUCGUCGGAUCGAAGAUGUCCUCAACCGCCGAAAACGACUGUAAAGCCGCUUAGAUGUUACCCUGGUUCUCUUGACACAAGAUGUCCAAAAACUAUAACACCUUCACCACAGCCUGCCUGUUAUCCGGGUUCGUCAGAUCGAAGAUGUCCUCAACCGCCGAAAACGACUGUGAAGCAGCCUAGCUGUUACCCUGGUUCUGUUAACCCAAGAUGUCCUCAACCACCUAGAACCACUGAAAAACCGCCUAGCUGCUUUCCUGGUUCUCUCGAUCCAAGAUGUCAAAAAACUAUAACUCCUUUACCACCGCCUGCCUGUUAUCCCGGUUCGUCAGAUUCACGAUGUCCAAAAACUAUAACUCCUUCAACAACGCCUUCCUGUUAUUCUGGUUCUCUUGAUCCAAGAUGUCCAAAACCUAUAACACCUUCACCACAGCCAACCUGUUAUCCAGGUUCGUCAGAUCCACGAUGUCCACAAGUUUCAAAAACUACUGAGAAGCCCGUCAUUUGUUAUCCGGGUUCGUCAGAUCGAAGAUGUCCUCAACCGCCGAAUACGACUGUGAAGCCGCCUAGCUGUUACCCUGGUUCUCUUGAUCCAAGAUGUCCAAAAACUAUAACUUCUUCAACAACGCCUGCCUGUUAUCCUGGUUCUCUUGAUCCAAGAUGUCCAAAACCUAUAACACCUUCACCACAGCCAACCUGUUAUCCAGGUUCGUCAGAUCCACGAUGUCCACAAGUUUCAAAAACUACUGAGAAGCCCGUCAUUUGUUAUCCGGAUUCGUCAGAUCGAAGAUGUCCUCAACCGCCGAAUACGACUGUGAAGCCGCCUAGCUGUUACCCUGGUUCUCUUGAUCCAAGAUGUCCAAAAACUAUAACUUCUUCAACAACGCCUGCCUGUUAUCCUGGUUCUCUUGAUCCAAGAUGUCCAAAACCUAUAACACCUUCACCACAGCCAACCUGUUAUCCAGGUUCGUCAGAUCCACGAUGUCCACAAGUUUCAAAAACUUCUGAGAAUCCCGUCAUUUGUUAUCCGGGUUCGUCAGAUCGAAGAUGUCCUCAACCGCCGAAUACGACUGUGAAGCCGCCUAGCUGUUACCCUGGUUCUCUUGAUCCAAGAUGUCCAAAAACUAUAACUUCUUCAACAACGCCUGCCUGUUAUCCUGGUUCUCUUGAUCCAAGAUGUCCAAAACCUAUAACACCUUCACCACAGCCAACCUGUUAUCCAGGUUCGUCAGAUCCACGAUGUCCACAAGUUUCAAAAACUACUGAGAAGCCCGUCAUUUGUUAUCCGGGUUCGUCAGAUCGAAGAUGUCCUCAACCGCCGAAAACGACUGUGAAGCAGCCUAGCUGUUACCCUGGUUCUGAUAACCCAAGAUGUCCUCAACCACCUAGAACCACUGAAAAACCGCCUAGCUGCUUUCCUGCUUCUCUUGAUCCAAGAUGUCUAAAAACUAUAACUCCUUCAACAACGACUGCCUGUUACUCUGGUUCUCUCGAUCCAAGAUGUCAAAAAACUAUAACUCCUUUACCACCGCCUGCCUGUUAUCCCGGUUCGGCAGAUUCACGAUGUCCACAAGUUUCAAAAACUACUGAGAAGCCCGUCAUUUGUUAUCCGGGUUCGUCAGAUCGAAGAUGUCCUCAACCGCCGAAUACGACUGUGAAGCCGCCUAGCUGUUACCCUGGUUCUCUUGAUCCAAGAUGUCCAAAAACUAUAGCUACUUCACCACAGCCAGCCUGUUAUCCCGGUUCGUCGGAUCCGCGAUGUUCACAAAUUCCGAAAACGACUGAGAAGCCUGCUAUAUGUUAUCCUGGUUCUUCAGAUGCUCGAUGUCCUCAACCACCGAAAAUAACAGAUAAGCCGCCUGCUUGCUAUCCUGGUACUCUUGAUCCAAGAUGUUUUCAACCACCUAGAACUACAGAAAAACCGCCUAGCUGCAUUCCUGGUUCUCUUGAUUUGAGAUGUCCAAAAACUAUAACUCCUUCAACAACACCUGCCUGUUACCCUGGUUCUCUUGAUCCAAGAUGUCCAAAACCACCUAGAACUACUGAAAAGAAGCCUAGCUGCUUUCCUGGUUCUCUUGACCCAAGAUGUCCAAAAACAAUAACACCUUCACCACCGCCUACCUGUUAUCCAGGUUCGUCGGAUCGAAGAUGUCCUCAACCGCCGAAUACGACUGUGAAGAUCCCUAGAUGUUAUCCUGGUUCUCUUGAUCCAAGAUGUCCAAAACCUAUAACAUCUUCACCACAACCUACCUGUUAUCCAGGUUCGUCAGAUCCACGAUGUCCGCAAGUUUCAAAAACUACUGAGAAGCCCGUCAUUUGUUAUCCGGGUUCGUCAGAUCGAAGAUGUCCUCAACCGCCGAAUACGACUGUGAAGCCGCCUAGCUGUUACCCUGGUUCUCUUGAUCCAAGAUGUCCAAAAACUAUAACUUCUUCAACAACGCCUGCCUGUUAUCCUGGUUCUCUUGAUCCAAGAUGUCCAAAACCUAUAACACCUUCACCACAGCCAACCUGUUAUCCAGGUUCGUCAGAUCCACGAUGUCCACAAGUUUCAAAAACUACUGAGAAGCCCGUCAUUUGUUAUCCGGGUUCGUCAGAUCGAAGAUGUCCUCAACCGCCGAAUACGACUGUGAAGCCGCCUAGCUGUUACCCUGGUUCUCUUGAUCCAAGAUGUCCAAAAACUAUAACUUCUUCAACAACGCCUGCCUGUUAUCCUGGUUCUCUUGAUCCAAGAUGUCCAAAACCUAUAACACCUUCACCACAGCCAACCUGUUAUCCAGGUUCGUCAGAUCCACGAUGUCCACAAGUUUCAAAAACUACUGAGAAGCCCGUCAUUUGUUAUCCGGGUUCGUCAGAUCGAAGAUGUCCUCAACCGCCGAAUACGACUGUGAAGCCGCCUAGCUGUUACCCUGGUUCUCUUGAUCCAAGAUGUCCAAAAACUAUAACUCCUCCAACAACGCCUGCCUGUUACCCCGGUUCUCUUGAUCCAAGAUGUCCAAAAACUCUUACUCCUUCACUACCGCCUGUCUGUUUUCCCGGUUCGUCAGAUCCACGAUGUCCACAAGUUCCAAAAACGACUUUGAUUCCGCCUAGCUGUUACCCUGGUUCUCUUGAUCCAAGAUGUCCAAAAACUAUAACUCAUUCACCACAGUCUGCCUGUUAUCCAGGUUCGGCAGAUCCACGAUGUCUACAAGUUUCAAAAACUACUGAGAAGCCCGUCAUUUGUUAUCCGGGUUCGUCAGAUCGAAGAUGUCCUCAAACGCAGAAACCGACUGUGAAGCCGCCAAGCUGUUACUCUGGUUCUCUUGAUCCAAGAUGUCCAAAAACUAUAACUUCUUCAACAACGCCUGCCUGUUAUCCUGGUUCUCUUGAUCCAAGAUGUCCAAAACCUAUAACAUCUUCACCACAGCCAACCUGUUAUCCAGGUUCGUCAGAUCCACGAUGUCCACAAGUUUCAAAAACUACUGAGAAGCCCGUCAUUUGUUAUCCGGGUUCGUUAGAUCUAAGAUGUCCUCAACCGCCGAAAACGACUGUGAAGCCGCCUAGCUGUUACCCUGGUUCUCUUGAUCCAAUAUGUUCCAAAACUCUAACUCCUUCACUACCGCCUGUCUGUUAUCCCGGUUCGUCAGAUCCACGAUGUCCACAAGUUUCAAAAACGACUUUGAUUCCGCCUAGCUGUUACCCUGGUUCUCUUGAUCCAAGAUGUCAAAAAACUAUAACUCCUUCACCACAGCCUGCCUGUUAUCCAGGUUCGGCAGAUCCACGAUGUCCACAAGUUUCAAAAACUACUGAGAAGUCCGUCAUUUGUUAUCCGAGUUCGUCAGAUCGAAGAUGUCCUCAACCGCAGAAAACGACUGUGAAGCCGCCAAGCUGUUACCCUGGUUCUCUUGAUCCAAGAUGUCCAAAAACUAAAGCUACUUCACCACCGCCUGCUUGUCAUCCCGGUUCCUCAGAUCUACGAUGUCCUCAACUACCGGAAACAAUAGAUAAUCCGCCUGCCUGCUAUCCUGGUUCUCUUGAUCCAAGAUGUUCACAAGCACCAAGAACUACUGAGAAGCAACCUAGCUGUUAUCCUGGUUCUCUUGACCCUACAUGUCCAAAAUCUACUGAAAGGCCACCAAGCUGCUACCCCGAAUCGCCAGACCCACGAUGCUCUCAACUACCGAAAACAACUGAGAAGCCACCUAGUUGUUAUCCUGAUUCACUUGAUCCGAAAUGUCCAAAAAUUACAUAUUCUUCACCACAGUCUUUCUGUUAUCCCGGAUCAUCGGAUCCAAGAUGUCUGCAACCACCAAAAUCUACUGAGAAUCCACCAAGCUGCUACCCCGGUUCGUCAGACAGAAGGUGUCCACAAGUUCCUAGAAUUACGAAGAAGCCACCUAAGUGUUGGCCUGGUUCUAAAGACCCUUUGUGCUCAGAAUCAUUUUUAACGAAACAUUUUUUUCACUCUACUCCUACAACCAUUCCACAUUAUCAUGUUCCUGGUAUACCUAUAUUAUGUACCUGUAAUAAUUCCCAAUUUCCAGCAAUCAUUAAUUUGCCUACUAAUUAUCAUUUGUCUACAUCGAACUCAGCAAAAACAGUUGAAGAGGUUUCGUGCCUACCAGGUUCUAAAGACCCUCGAUGUCAACAAACUCUGUUAUUAAACCAACUAAUUCCUAUUUGUUAUGUAGGUUCAUCUGAUCCAAGAUGCUCUAAGUCUUUCCAUUCUUCAACUAAGGUACCGCCAACAUAUUUACCCCCUGUAAAUUAUGAUGAAUCUAGGAAUGAUAAACCAGAAUCUCUUCCGUCCGGUUGUUCAUCAGGACCAGACGGCCCAAUAUGCACCGGUGAUUUUUCUGAAGUAUUUUCGAAAGGUGUAGUUCCUCCUUGUUUUCCAGGAUCUAAAGAUAAGCAUUGCCAAGGGACUGAUCAGGGAGACAUAACUUCGGUAACUACAAGACCAGAGGAUAUAAAAGAGAAAAAUAUAUUAUCUAGUGAAGAUUUUCAUAGAAAUGAGAACCCACGCUAUCAUUCCUUUCACACCUGGCAAUACCAGCAACACAGAAAACUUGGAAAGAGAGAUACGGGACAAGCCAUGCAGUUUUAUGAAGAAAAAAUGAAUCAUUCGCAUCAUCAAGAACGUACAACUCUAAAUAUUUUUGUUUUGGGAUUCGGUGUAUUAUUGCUAACAGCUAUAGCGAUCACGUUUUACAAAUUCAGGUUUCGACAUCAAAGGAUUAAUAUGGUUCAUUACGACUGUCAAAGUGUAUAAACAUCUAAUGACAAAUAAAUAAUUAAUAACUGAUAUUAAAACUGAUUAAUAAAAUACAUUUCAUUAAGCUUUGUUAAUAUCACACUUAAUUUAUGUUUUUUAUGAAUAAUAAAGAAAGCCUUGUUUUAUGUUAAUCGAUUAGUUUCGUUAAAUUUUGUUUCAUGUGAGGAUUGAGGAUGUCAUUUUGCAUGAACAAUAGAAUUCAAUACUUUUUUUAAUGUAGUCCUUAAUAGAACUUAUCAAAUAUCAACAAUAGUUUUAUAAUAGUGAUUUUAAUUUAAUUUAUUACAUUUCGCAUCUAUUCAAAUGGUACACCAUCUUUCAAGGCAAAAUAUAAAAAAUAUUUAGUUGUUGCUUAUAAUUAAACCACAAACGUGACACUUAAAAAACAAAUCUUAAAUUUUUGGCCCAUUCAAACUUAAAUCAGAGCCCAACAGCACAGUGGGGCCAACCGCCAAACUAGGAGGAUAAACACAACUUUAAAAUAUAAGAAAUGUAAUGCAACAUCCUUUGUAGAGAUAGUAAGUGACUUGAAAUGUGGCCUAGUAAAAUUUCAAAGUUCGUUUAAACUCUCACUGUAUGGUAUGCAAGAGUGAGGUUUAGGCGAGUCAGUCCCACCAAAUGACAAGUAGUUCCAAUAUUACUUUAUUUAUAGUUCAAAUCAGUGCCUGUGUAUGAUACUGCUUAACCAUCAACUGGUAAUGUACAUCUCUCAGGCAUACCUAAUUGCGAAAUUCUCUGUAUAUCAGCAUGGUGAAACAGUUAUACUCUCUCCUUUAUUAUAUUCUUAGUUUGUAUACUGGCAAAGUCACUCCAUCUUGUUUAAGAUAAAUUAGUUAGUAGCGUCAUCAAUUCUAUUUGUCCAGCAGACGUGUAUUACUGCUAGUGGCGUAAUUGUACAUAUAAAGAUAAUUAGGUACUUGUGAAGAAUCCGGUCUGUACCGAAACCUUCCUUCUUAUCUUAUCUUACGUCACAUAUCUUCUUAACUUAUCUUACGUCCUCCUCCCUUAUCUCAUGUAAGCUGAUAAUAUCCUUUUGUUACAUGUGAGUUAUUCCAUUGUUUAUUGUUCAAAUGGAUAUUAUUACUCUGUGGGAAUUGCCGUCUUCAGAAGAAAAAGCUAUUAAAUAUUUCCAAAUUGCCGGGAUAAUUCCAAAGGUGAAAUUCUGUGAAGAAGGUCGUGAAAUGACAGGAAGAUGAAAUGGAGAUGCUUUCGUAGCAGUUCUAACAAAAACGGCAAAGCGCAG